AUGUCCGACACAGUAACCCUCUACACAUACUUCCGCUCUUCCUGCUCCGCACGCCUCCGCAUCGCCCUCCACCUCAAAAACAUCCCCUUCACCCCAAUCUUCAUCAACCUCCUCCACGACGAACAAUCCACCCCAGCCCACCUCACCAUCAACCCCUCCGCCACCGUCCCAACCCUAAUAAUAACCCACACCUCCUCCCCAUCCAUCCCCAAAACAGUGACAAUCACUCAAUCCCUCGCCGCACUCGAAUACCUCGACGAAGCAUUCCCCAACACGGGACCAGCCCUGCUCCCGUCGGACCCGGAGACUCGCGCGCUCGUCCGUACCCUGUCCCAAAUCAUCGCCUGCGAUGUCCAGCCCGUGACGAACCUGCGUAUCUUGAAGCGGGUUGCGCCGCUGGGUGCGGAUCGGGCGGUUUGGUCGAGGGGGUUGAUUGAGGAUGGACUGCGGGCGUAUGAGGCUGUUGUGCAGGGGUCGGCGGGGAGGUUUAGUGUUGGUGAUGAGAUUACAAUGGCGGAUGUUUGUCUUGUGCCGGCUGCUUGGGGCGCGGAGAGGGUCGGGGUGGAUUUGAGUGCGUUUCCGACUGUGAAGAGGAUUGUGAGCAAUUUGGAGACGGAGGAGGCUGUUAAGAAGGGGCAUUGGCAGACGCAGCCGGAUACGCCGGAGGAUUUGAGGGCCAAGUAG